AUGGACAGGAAAAAGGAGUGGACAAUUCAAAUGUGGGACACGAUCAAACAGGCUGGAACUAAGGGCAAUGAUGAAAAGACUGAACUUGAGGACUCCAUUGAAAAGGCUUGCAGAAGGGAAAUUACUAAAGGGGUUGGACUUGAGGACUCCAUUGAAAAGGUUGAAACUAAGGACACCACUGAAAUGGCUGGAAGAAAGGACACCACUGAAAUGGCUGGAAGUAAAAACUCCAGUGAAACGGUUGGAACUAAAAACUCCACUAAAAUGGCUGGACUAAAGGACUCCAUUGAAAAGGCUGGAACCAUGGACACCACUGAGAUUCCUGAAACUAAAGAUUCCACUGAAAUGGCUGGAACUCAGGAUUCCACUAAAACGGCUGGUAGUAGGAACACCAAUAAUGAGGCUAGACUUAUGGACUCCAUCGAAAAGGCUUGA